UUCAUACAUACCCUCAAACAACAAAUACUUGUCGCGAAGAAGAGAGAAAAGCUUGGCCAUGGGAGUUCGCUUGGCAGGAGUUGUACGCAUGAAGCACAUCCUUCAACAAUCUUUCCGGAACCAGCAGAGGGCGACGGCGUCGGCGGAUGUCCCGAAGGGCCACUUUGCGGUAUACGUCGGCGAGAUGGAGAAGCGGUUCGUCGUCCCUAUCUGCUAUCUGCACCACCCUUCCUUCCAAACCUUGCUUCAUAAGGCCGAAGAGGAGUAUGGAUUCGAGCACCCGAGAGGCAUGCUCAGAGUUCCAUGCGACGAAGAUGACUUCGCUACUCUCACUUCUCAAAUGACCGGCUCCUGAGAGGAAGAUAUUGCGUCAUCAUCCCUCCAUCUUCGAGGAAAAAUUUAUCCUGUUAGAAUGUGAUACGUGAUGAGUCCUAAAGGAGGUGGUAAGAGUGGGAGGAGAUGGUGUAUGUGACUGCAUAUAAGCAGAAAACUUAAU